AUGAUGAGCCCUUUAAACAUUUCAAGCGCUAAAGGAAAAAUGCUAAGUUCAUCAUACGCAACCUUGCCAGGAAGCACAUUAGUAUUAGAGCUUGAUAACCUUGAGAAAAAAUACGAGUCUACUCUUAAAGAAGAAAAAAGUCUUCAACAAUGACGUGAAAAUGAAGCAAAAAAAGAACAAGAAAGGCUAUAUCAUAGGAAAAGACUAAAUAUUUUAAAUGCUGAAUAUCUUAAGCAGCAAAUGGAGGAGUUUGAGAAACGAAAGCAGUCAGAAAAAGAAGAGAAAUUAAAGCCUGGGAUUUCCCCUGAUAUGCAUGGAUAUCCCCAUUUACCUGAAACCCCUAAACAAGUUAAGAGGCAAAAGGAACUAGAAGUCAUGAAAAAAGUGGAAGCCAAGCUAGUAGAGCAAAUGGAAUCAAGAAGAAAAGAAGAAAAUCAAAGAAUAGAAAAUGAUAAAAGAGAAUUCCAAACUCUUAAUAGAAAUGCAAAAAAACUAUUAGAUCAGGAAAAUGAUAGAAUCAUUGAAAAACGAAAUAAAGAAAAAGAAAUCUUAAAAAGCUAUUGAGACUUGGAUUUAAAAGCACAAAAAAUCAAAGAAAAUAUUAAUAAAGUAGCAAUAAAAGGGGUAAUUCCGAAACCAACUGAUUCAAGAGAUGAAAGUACGGAGAACGAAAAAGAGAUAUUAAUAGACAAAAAUGAGAAGCUAAUAAAUAGCAAUGACCCAAUACCAAAUAAAAAUUUAGAAGAAAUAGAAGAAAAAGAAUUAACAAGUCAUGCAUCCACAUCUCUAAUUCCUUCAAAGAGUCUGAAGCGGUAUGACGUAGUAAAGUCCCGAGCUUUCCAAAUCAAAAAAGAACUAGAUGAAAGAUACCAAAAAAGCUAUGAAGCUAAAAUAAAGAAAACAAUUGAAGAUGCUAAAUUCAAAAGAAAACAAAUGAGAGACAGCAAAAGCUCCUAUUCUUCGAUUUUUUAUUCUCCGGAUGCAAGAAUAUUUAAAGCUAAGGCUUCUUAA